CUGAACCCCAUACCGCGAACGAGCCCGCGCAAAGAUUUCCUGGGAGCAUCGCCGACUAGUUGCCGACGGCGCCGCAACACAUCAGGAUACCAGCACGACGCAUUCCCCUAGAAGCAUGGACCAGUACGAGCAUGUACGAGUGAUCGGCAAGGGUUCGUUUGGGAUCGUGAGCAAGAUCCUAAGGAAAGUAGACAACAAGGAACUCGUGUGGAAAGAAGUCGACUACGGCCAGAUGACGGAAAAGGAAAAGCAACUCAUCGUGAGCGAAGUGAAUAUCCUGCGGGAACUCAAGCAUCCCCACAUCGUGCGCUACCUCGACCGCGUCAUAGACAAACAAUCGACCAAAAUAUUUAUUGUCAUGGAAUACUGCGAAGGUGGCGACCUAAGCCGCCUCAUCAAACGUCACCGAAGAGACGGGACUUCCAUCGACGAAGCCGUCAUAUGGAAAAUCUUCACACACAUGUUUCUUGCCCUGAAAGAAUGCCAUCGACACAAGGAAGGCAAUGCCGUUCGGCCGAUCUUGCAUCGGGAUAUCAAGCCAGGGAACAUAUUCCUCGACGCCGAGGGGAACGCGAAGCUUGGCGACUUUGGUUUGGCCAAGGAACUGAGCAGCGAGUCCAAAUUUGCACAGACGAACGUCGGCACUCCGUACUACAUGAGUCCCGAAAUGGUCAAUGAAAUGACAUACGACGAGCGGUCCGACAUUUGGGCGCUCGGGUGUCUAUUGUACGAGCUCGCCGCCCUCGUCCCUCCGUUCGACGCAACGAAUCAACUGGCGCUGGCCAAGAAGAUCAGCGCCGGCAAGUUUUCCCGCAUCCCGGACGAGUAUUCCGAAGAUCUGUUCCAAGUGAUUCGAUGGAUGUUGCAUCGGCAGAGGUCACGGCGGCCGCGGAUCGAAGACUUGGAGCGCGUGCCUAUUUUGGUUCGUCGUCUGCGGGAGUACAACAUGUCGUCGGUGGAAGUGCAGUUGCAAAACACGUAUGCUGCCAAGAUGAAGGAGCUGUUUUCUAUCCAAGAGGAUUUGCAAAAGCAAGAAGCGCUGCUGUUGGUGCGCGAGACUCAACUUCACGAACGGGAGACGGAAUUGGGAAAGCGAGAGCACGACUUGAAACGCCGAGAACAAAUGUAUGUACAUGUGUGAUUGCCCCCAAAUUUCCCAUGUAUCACACUAAUUUCAGUCUCACACUAAUUCGGUGUGGACGAUUUAAUCGAAGAGUGAAGGGUUGUAUCGAUGAUUGUCGUCUGUCGAUUUGGCUAUUUUGCUCACAUUCGAUUGAGCACUUCAAUUUCACAUGUAUCACACUAAUUUAAGUCUCACACUAAUUCGAUGUGGACGAUUUGGUCGAAGAGUGAAGGGUUGGAUUGGCCACUUGAUUCGUGU